GGCCCCCGCCGUGCCAGUCUUAAAGGGGCCCGAGAGAAGGCGACAGGCUGCGGACGGCCGGAAGGAAAAUGAGCGAGUCUUUGGUGGUUUGUGAUGUUGCUGAAGAUUUAGUGGAAAAGCUGAGAAAAUUUCGUUUUCGCAAAGAAACAAAUAAUGCUGCCAUUAUAAUGAAGAUCGACAAGGAUAAACGCCUGGUGGUACUGGAUGAGGAACUUGAGGGCAUUUCACCAGAUGAACUUAAAGAUGAACUGCCUGAACGACAACCUCGCUUCAUUGUGUAUAGUUAUAAAUAUCAACAUGAUGAUGGAAGGGUUUCAUAUCCUCUGUGCUUUAUUUUCUCCAGUCCUGUUGGAUGUAAGCCUGAACAACAGAUGAUGUAUGCUGGGAGUAAAAAUAAGCUAGUCCAAACAGCUGAACUAACCAAGGUGUUUGAAAUAAGAAAUACUGAAGACCUGACUGAAGAAUGGUUACGUGAGAAGCUUGGAUUUUUCACUAAUGUGAACUUCCGUGUUUCUGAAGUAUUUAUGUAUUAACCUGACCAUACUGGAACCAGACAUAAAUACUUAUUUAUGCCUAAAAUGCACUGUUACUUACAGUUUGUUUCCUGCAGUAAAGAAAAAUUCUUCAUUUGUGCAAAGUUUGAACAAAGAGGAAAUCAUCAUCAUAGUAAUGAAACUUUGUCAAGUGUUUCCUUAUAUUCGUAAUUGUUAGGUGGACUACUUUUCUCCAGGGACUUUUUGCACUCUCGUGACUAAUUUCGAUAAUUUAUGGUUCAGAAUUUGUUACUAUUUACAGACACCAUUGGAAAGUGGGUAUUAGAUUGGAAUAGACAACAGUUGCCUCCUUUUGACAAAUACUGGAUAUUAGCAGUCUAUAUCUGAAAGUAGCACUCAGUCAGAUCAUUGAAAUUAAUUUGAGGUUAAAGACUUGAGUGACCCAGUUUUGAGCCAUGAAUAAUAAUUUACUGUGGUGUAAACUGCAUUACAGGUAUACUUUCCAUCAAGUCCGUACCUCCUUUGGUUUUCUGUAUCUUUUGAAUCUGGUCUAGAAACUGUUCAUCAAUCACUCAUUCUUAAGGUUUAGGAGUUAGACCUUAUGAUAGAACUAUGAUUAUUAGGUUUUCUCUUAUGGAAAAUAGCAUCUUAGUCUUAGAAAUUGGUGGGUUGUACUAAUCAAGGGCUUCAUUCCUGGUUAUGUCAUUUCUAGGUAGUUUUGAAUCUAGGUUAAUAACACUUUAUUUAUUAAGUACUUCCUAAUGUCCUGUGAACACUAAUUAUUUUAAAUGUGUUAAUACUGUGCCUUUGAUUUGUUAGCUUUAAAGUUAGUUUAAAACUUUUACACUGCCAGUAUUCCAGAUUUGUUGAAAUUAAUACUUUUUUAAAGGGUCCAGGUAAAACAAUUUUCUAAUGUGUGUAUCUAAAAUUUGUAAUAAAAUCAAGUUCAUAUUUUUAAAAUUCCAACUAUCUGCUUGCAUUGGUAAAUAUAUGGCAGUUGAGAGUUAUAAUAUUGGGUAUGUCUGUGAUUCAUUUUUAUGCCAUAGGGAAAAAUUGCUUAUCUUAGAAUGUUGGCCAUAAUUAAUAAUAGUAGUUUAUCAGUAGAAAUUACAUCUUAUCUCCUAGAUGUCAGAAGAUAGUCUAAGCUGGACACCUGAGUAGUUAACUAAACCAGUCUUGUUAGAUGAUGGCAUGUUUGAUAUAAAGCGAGUAUUCUAAUUAUAACUUACUUUAAGAAGAAAUAUGUAAGUAACUAUUUAGCAUUAAUUUUAAAAGAUGUACUCUAGAGCCUAACCAAAUUCGGUGAGUAAAUUCUUAUAUUAAGAAUAUCUUAGUCACUUCAAAACUAACAAGGGCAUUUUUUUGUCGGCAUAUUUUCUAUUCAUAUGUUCUUUGGAUUUUAUUUUUGGGUUUCUGUGCCAGCUUGAAUGAAGACAUAAAGAUAGUUGGAAUUUUCACAAUAUUGAAUGGAACAUUUUCUGUUCCUAACACCGCUGGGCUCCACUAAUCUAGAAGUCAGGAAGCAAUAGGAAGUUGUUGGAGAUGAGGAAGCACUAAAAUGGGUAAUUUGGUUAAUGAAUGGAAAGGAGUCUUUAUUCCUAUUUCUGGAUACAGAAAAUUUUAUCUAGGAAAUGUAAGAAUUCUUUAGAUAUUUUGAUAUGGUGAAAUAACUUGUUUAUAAUUCUGCAGAAAUGCAAUUGUGUAAUUCAAGUGAGUGGAGAGUGUUUAAUGUUACUGAAUGAAGGAAAUGAGAUUUAAUUUGACUUGUUUGCAGCAAUAAGAGAAACUUAACUAGUGCUGCAAGAAUGUAUUUUUAAUGAGGUUCCUUAUUUUGUCUUGCAUGUUUUAGUUUAGUUUUGUUUUGUUUUUUAAAAAUUCAAAAGUCCUUCAUAAUGUCAGAAAAUAUUGACCUGCCAUACACAGACUCUUAGUUCCCCUAUUGUCUAACAGGAACAAAAGAGCAGUGAUGAGGAAUCAGACAAACUCAAAAAAGCAGGCCUUAUCAGUAACACCUAUUUUGCAAGACAACAGAUUGGGGUUAGGGGAUCAGUAGAACAUUUUUUAUUCUAUCUGUCCUAUAGGGAAAUUUACAAAUUCUGUGAUCUAAAGUAUUCUCAAACAUUUUUAAAUAUUUCCUUUUCACCUGAUUAAAUUUUGUAUUUUUUUAAAGUACAUUUCCUAAUUAGUCUCUUUUCCUGCCUUCCUUCAAGUAGUCUCUUUUCCUGCCUUCCUUCAAAUAGUAAAUCCAGAUUUCAUAAUUCCAGUUUUUACAUUCCAUGUAUUUUUAGUACAUCCAUUCCCAUUCAGCCUUAUAUCUCAGUCUUCCCUUUUUGGCAGCAACUUUUUUCCUGGGAACCUCCUUCAUGGUCUUCUAAGUCAGCAUUAGUUUUGAAACUGUUGGCUUUGCCUAAGUUCUGCAUAGCAUCUAAUAUUCACAAUAGAACCAACUGGUAAAGUUCACAUAUGUAUUUAGUAUGGGUUUUGUGGCAACAUAAAUGACAUGAAGAAAACUGUUCUCAGGUUACUAUGCUGAAAUUCCAAAAUGUCUCGGUUUUGAAUAAUAUUUACUUUGUUCUGGUAUUGAAGCAAUUAUGUUAGGAAAAAAGUUGGUUGACUGUUUUGUUUAAUUGACUUCUAAAAUGUUUGAAAUGUCUAUUUCUAAAAAGUUCACUAAAUGCCUAGUGCAGUUAAACAUACUCUUGUUUAAGAGGGUGUUGCUAAAUUUUUUAUUGUCUUUACUAAAUAAUCUGUGUGGCAAAAUGUCUGUUGGCACUUUCCUUCCCCCUUUAUCUCCUAUUUUCAGGAGUCAAUUGUAGCCAUAAACUGUAUCCUGAUCUGACACUUUAAAAAUUUCCAGUUCGGGGAGUUUAUUGCCAAAUUGAAUUUGGCUGUUUUUUUUCUCCCACCCAUAUAGAUAUUAGGAAAAUGUAUUUUAAAAAUGUUUGGACUACUUUGAAAACUCAAACGGUGUCAUUAAUCCAUAUGUGGGCUAGUGACAGAUAUUUUCAUAAGGGUUUAAAUGCUGAUAUCUGGUGGAAGUAGAGAGUAGCUUGUAUUCUGUCAAUUCAAGUCGUCUUGGUAUGGUUGCUUUCCCUGUUUGUUCAGUAAACUGAUAAUACUGGAAUCUGUAGAGUUUGAGCCUUUAUAACUUAUGUGAAGAAGUGCUACAAAGAUUUCUGGACAAAUCUUAUUUUGUAUUUCUGGAAGAAUGUAAAUAAUCUCCUAGGCCACUUAAAAUCAAUGGUCCCAAGCUGAACAUUCUCAAGAAAUAUGUUUCCUUUUAUUCCAUUUAACAUUUCAAAUCAUUGAACAUAUACCUGUGUUGUGUAAAGCAACUACAUUAAGCUCGUGAUAGAAACUGUAUUUUCUUGUUUUUUUUUUUUUUUUUUUUUUUUUUUUUUUUUUUUUUUUUUUUUUUUUUUAAUAUAAGUCGUAUACAUACAAUUACUUGAAUAUUGUUUGAGAUCACUAACAUGCCAGGGCAGUUCCCACUGAUUAAGAUGGUCCAAUAGAAUCUCAUUCAGGAGGCUUGAAACAUUAAUGGUUUAGUCUUGUGAAUUUUAACAGUUCUCUGUCAUCGUUCAGCAAAACCAACUGGCACAACUUCUUAAGCUGUGGUUUCAGUCUCUGCUAGUUCAUAUUGCAUGUUUAUUUUGGACAGUCUUUUGUUAAGCAUGGUGCUUGUACUGGUUUAAAUAAAAUGUUAACUUGAAAAGA